AUGCUGCAAGUGAAACAACAACAGAAACAAACAAUUAAGACCAACAGAAAGAACCUGGUACACGACAGAACCCAGGAGUUCUUUGCAUCCUUCAAAAAGUUCAUGAUUGUGGACAUGAUAAACAUCUCUUCCAACCAGUGCCAGGAGAUUAGACAGGAUCUGCGAGGAAAGGGCGAGUUUUUAAUGGGAAAGAACACCACUAUUAAGAACGCUUUGAAGAAGCUGGCAGAGACCAACCCAGAGCUCAAGGAGGUAGAAAAAGUCAUUAAGAACAACGUGGGAGUCGUCUUCACCAACGGAUCUCUUAGCGAGAUUGAGGAUGUGUUUGAGAAGAACAAGGUGCACUCUGUUGCCAAGCCAGGAGAUCUCUCCCAGUGCGACGUAUGGAUUGAGCCAAUUGCAACUGGACUUACCCCAGAAAAGACUGCAUUCUUCCAAGCUCUUGGAAUUGCCACCAAGAUUACAAAGGGUAAGAUUGAGAUUUUAUCCAAGUGCCAGGCCCUGUACGAGGGAAAGAGAGUAGGACACUCUGAAGCAGCCCUGCUUGCUCUUCUUGGAGUCACCCCAUUCGUCUACAAGAUGAAGGUGCUUUACGCAUACUCCGACGGAAAGUUCUUCGACACCGAGUAUCUGAAGAUUACUCCAGAGUCUGUAGAGACAAUGGUGAAGGAGGCAGUGAGCACUCUUGCUGCUCUUGCUCUUGGUGCUGGAUACGUAACUGAAUCCACCGUCAGCCAGGAGCUCCAGAUUGGAGCAAGAAACCUCAUGGCUCUUGCUGCAGCUGCCGAGUACGACAUGCCAGAGCUUGCAUCAGUUCUAAAGAAAUAA